GAGGCCAUAAAUGAGAUGGAUACUGUUGUUACCGUAAAGGACCCUCGAUGAACCAAUACGGAAUAAUAAUUGUAAUAACCGCUACCUCAUGUGGAUGCGCCUGAUUUUUUUCUAAUGAUACACCACUGGAAAAUAAAAUCCAAACCGAUCAAUCAGCAAAGCAAGCUGCUUAAUUACAGAACGAUAAACAGGUUUUCAAGUUUCCUCCCAAAUAAAACAAAUAACAUAUCUUUCAUACCUGCGCGCAACAGGUAGAAAGGUUCACGACCGCAACCUGUUGAUAUAGUGCCCAUAUGCCAUACAUAACGCAGAUGUGCGCUGCCGGUUGUCUACUAUAUCAAAUCAGCUACAAUACAAACCUGAAAUAAGCAUGUUCUCAUUUCAAACAUUGAUAAAUACACAACAUGAUGACUACAUUAUACGCUUCAAGGACUUUUCUAUUUAUAUAACUUUUAUUAGAUGCAAUAAAGGGAAGCCUAAACAGCAAUGUAAAUAUGAAAUACGGCGAUGUGGUUCAAAAUAAGUAAGUAUACUGCAUAUGCUCUCAUAAUAUAUCAUACUGUGGCAAUGAACAUGCUAAUUACUUCAUAUAGUGAUGUUGGUUAAUCUCUUUGUUUAUUUUCGCUCGCGGCUUGCAUACUGAGCGCAUUGCUGAAAUAACAUUACGAGAUUACCGAUAAUUCAGUCUCGAGUUUUGCUUAUCGUGCAUCUUUCCUUGAUUUGAUUCAGUGCCAUGUGAUAUUUCAGGAGGAGGAAGAUGCUGUAUCUCGUCUUACUCUUGGUCCUUUAUCCUUUCAUAGCUGUCAGUGGGAUUAACCUGACCUAUAUAGUGAAAAAGGAUAAUGACGCCUUCUACCCCAGUUGUAUAGCAGAAGAGCUGGAGAGGUACAGGGCCAUAGGGUGGAUCUAUCCUAUUCCAACUAAUGAGAAUGAUGUUCCAAAUGUCACAACAAAAUUUAUACCGACAUUGGAAAAUGAAUAUAAUUGCAAGUUUUCCCAACACACGUUGUGCACAACGAGAUGGGCUUUGAAAGACUGGAGAGUGGACGAUAGUUCACAGAGAACGAGAACAUUUUUGUUUGACCGGAGAUGGGAAGAUCUUCCUGUGAAAAUAAUCUCAAACAACAAAUCAAACGAAUUCAAGGAAAGAACAGACAUUGAGAACAUCCCAGAAACCUCAUUUUCGGUUAGAACGUCAGGUGUUGUCGAACUUUUAUUAUGCUCAGGAUGGAAUCCAUACAGCUACCCUUGUUACUAUUACAAUAUAAACGAAACCCAGAUCUAUUUCACCGUAUAUCAAACGUUACCUAAAGAUUUGGGUGACAAGUACAUAACCGAGCAUCUAGAAAAGUACAAAGGCUAUGCUCACAUUCUCUCUCAGGACGAAUGGCGUAGUUUUACAAUCAGCUCUACCGAUAGUUCACUUAAGCUUAUUGAUAUCAACUUGAACAGAAUGUUGAUACAAUAUAAAAUAAAUGAAACUUGGAAACCAAUGUAUAUGUUCAUGAGAAGCAACUCCGUGAGCUUAUGGAAAAUUCAUGAAAAUGAUUUUUUCUUUACAAAUACAACACAGAUCUCGCGAUUGGGCCCUCAUUUGGAAGUAUACAGCAAAGAUCUUUGCGUGUCUCUACUAGUCUCUGUAUGUAAAAACUGUGAGAUGAUAUUUUUCUUCAGAGAUGGCAAUGUGAGAAAAAAUCUGAAACGUGUUAGAUCUACGUCACUCGAAGAGGAAUGGUUAGAAAUAAAACUGAAGGAAGAAAAUUUGCAAGUAGAAAAGAUGAAUUUAUUCGUAGAAACGAAGUUUGUCAAUGAAUCUCAAGAUACCCGCGGGUUUUGGGCGAUUGACGAUGUCAGAAUAUGCAACGAAAAUGGUAACAAGUAAAUAAUUUCACAUAUUUCCUUGUAUCUGCUCAUCAGUGAGUAGAUUUUAAGGGGAAAUACUCUGGUAUACAUGGAAAUUCAUUACUUAAAGUUAUUUUAUGCAUUUUGUUGUCGUACCUCCCAGUUGGUUCGCGGAUUUUACCAUGCCUUUCUUCAACAAUAAUCAAUUGCUUAAUGAAUGCUUUACAAUAAUAAGGUGCCCAUAAUUAAGUGUUUUUUUAGAGGUUAAAGUAUCAUUCUUACAUCUGAUGAACAUGAGCAUUUGGAACAAUUCAGAUGACAUAACUUGCCAAGUAAUUGAAAAGCCAAGUUGGAGGCCAAAGAAGCUGGUAUAUGAUAAGAUUAAAGAUUUUCCACAUGUCAACUAUGUGAAUAACGCAACUUCAAUAACAUUAAGUUGGGCUGAAGAAGAUCCUUUACACCAGAUUGAAUACCUCAUAUACUAUAUUGCAAACGAUGUUUGUACAACAGAACCACAUAACGUAAAAAGGCUGAAAUCGAAUGGCUUUCUUACCACAAAAUCGAAUCAAAUUACCAUUGAUAACCUAGUGCCAUUUACAUUGUACAAUAUUACAAUAUCCACAGUUUUACAUGAAAAAAAUCAGCUAUUAUUUGUUCAUACAUUGGACUCAGUGGAAUUGACGCCCAACGAAAUUCCUACAAAUAUCGAAGUUAGGGCUUUGGAAGACCGCGUUAAUAUUUCGUGGCAAGUGGUUGGAUGUCAGCAUCGCUAUGGCAGGAUCGUUUACAACGUGAUGGUGACGAAUCCUUCGUUGAAUUUCACCAAAAAAUUCUCGAUUCAGACGGAUAACAGCUACGAAAUGACUGGACUACAGCCGUACACUGAAUAUAAUUUAACCAUAGUCGCUGCGAGGAAUGGGAAGUACCUUUACAACAUGGUGAACGCGAAUGUUAUUUCCAUGAAGUUUAGGACUUUAGCUGGAGUUGCCCCUCCGGUUGAAAACCUGGAACUUUUUUCGAUUGAUAAGAACUCCGCUUCAUUGCGAUUCGACCUGCCUGAAAAUCCCAGUGGCGUUGCGUCAGAGAUUCGAGUGAGCAGAUGCAAUAGCCUAUCGUUCAAAAAAUGCAAGUCGUUGGUCACGAAUAUAAAGAAAUGCCCGUUGUGGCCGAAAAAAUAUUGCGUGGACGUGGAAUAUCUGCUUCCAAAUCAAAGUUAUACCUUCAAAGUUAGCUUGAAGAAUUACAAUACCAACAGAUUUGGGAAAGAAGUCACUGUUGAUGGGUAUUCUGAUGAUAGAGUACCAGGAGCACCACAGAAUAUAACAUAUCAAAUUGUGGAAUGUACCUACAGCUCCUGUAAUUUGAACGUGUCUUGGAACCAUCCCUAUAAUCAGAAUGCUACCAUAACUAUGUUUAAUAUAAUUCUUAAUAGCUCAGAAAUUCGAGAGGGAAUAGAAGAUGACAAAUUUAUACAGGAAGUUUACAGGAUGGAAAAUAAAACGUACCGCCCAGUUUAUGCCUACCAGAUCAAGUACCUGCCAUACAGUGCCAAAUACAAACUAUACCUACAAUCUGCCAACUUGGCGUACAAAAGCGAUUUUACAGUGAUAGACGUCAAAACAGAUGACUUAGGUAAACACAUAGACCAAUCGCCCAAGUUAGUGGAAAAAACCGAUACGACACUGUUCUAUCAAAUACCUCCGCUAGACAGCCGUUUAGACUACUACACUUUGACUGUUUUUGUGCAAGAUUUCAAUGAAAGUGUACCAGUUGACAAGGAGCUAUUGAAAAAUGAGAAAAUUGCCGAUAAUCUUUGCCAUAAUUUUGGUUACUCUUGGAUAUCCCAUUCUUUCAAGGUAGCUACGAAUAAAACAUCCAAAAUAAUGAUAGGAAAUGGAAAGUUACAUCCGCUGACUAAGUACUGUGUAACUUUUAUUGUAACGAAUAACUUCAAAGGUGCGGAACACGAUGUGGUAUAUCGUGAAAAAAUACGAAUGUCAAAGUCAGUUGUGCCUUCCAAGAAAGCGUCUACUUCUGGGUUUGAUCCAUUGUAUAUGUUGCUGCUGUUAUUGCUUCUAGUGCCAAUAGGAUUUUUGAUUUACAGGUACCUUCGGAAGAAGAAAAUCAUACAAAAACAAGACGAGAACAAUGACAAUGUCUACGAAUCGCUGCCAUUUGAAGAAUGUGACUCGAAUUUUGCCAUAAAUGAACACUACGACCAUUUGAACCAUAAGUGAAUGUACCUUUUUUAUACUUGUACUUAAGUCUGACUGUGAUAUAACCUCAUGGUGUGCUUACCUUUUUAACAUUUUUGUACCCAAUUUUCACAAACGCUUAGCAUAGUUUGUGUGUCUUCGACUAUGUAUUUUCUCAUUUUAUCUUGAUCUUACGAUGGAAGUUCUUAACAUGGACAGUUUUUUAUUACUGCUUGCGAAAAGGAAACUUUCAAUAUAAGUUGUUCAUGUACUUAUUUACCUCAUUAAAAAUAAAAAUAUUUUCUUCAAAAAAUAAAA